AUGAGAAAUAAUGAUGCAAUAUUUAUUUCUUUUGACAGUGAUGGAUUUAAAGAAAUCAUGCCCUAUGAUCACUUCCAGCCACUUCCUCGGUGGGAACAUAACCCUUGGACUGCCUGUUCAGUUUCCUGUGGAGGUGGUAUUCAGAGAAGAAGUUUUGUGUGUGUAGAGGAGACCAUUCACGGAGAGAUACUGCAAGUGGAAGAAUGGAAGUGCAUGUAUGCCCCUAAGCCCAAAGUAAUUCAAACCUGCAAUUUAUUUGACUGCCCUAAAUGGGUUGCAAUGGAAUGGUCUCAAUGCACAGUGACCUGUGGCCGAGGCCUGCGUUACCGAGUAGUGCUGUGCAUUGACCACCGCGGGCAGCACGUCGGUGGCUGUAAUCCACAACUUAAACUUCACAUAAAAGAAGAGUGCAUCGUGCCAAUACCAUGUUACAAGCCAAAAGAAAAACCUCCUGUGGAAGCAAAAUUGCCGUGGUUUAAACAGGCACAUGAAAUGGAAGAGACCAUAAAAGUCUCAGAAGAGCCAACGUUUAUUCCUGAGCCCUGGUCUCCAUGCAGUGCCACAUGUGGCAAUGGCAUACAAGUGCGAGAGGUGAAGUGCCGAAUUCUUCUCUCAUUUACUCAGACUGAGGUUGAACUGCCUGAGGAAGAAUGUGAAGAUGUGAAGCCACCAACAGAACGAGUCUGUCACCAGGCAUCCUGUGACACUGAUCCUGUCCCCUAUCCACCAGCUUUUUCACAUGCUGAAGAUGGCAGUGUGAUUUAUGACUGGGAAUACAUUGGGUUUACUCCUUGUUCAGCCACAUGUCUUGGAGGAACACAAGAAGCCAUUGCAAUGUGUCUGUGUGUAGAGACAAAACAAGCUGUCAAUGAAACCCUGUGCGACAGUUCCAAGAGACCACCACCAAUGACUCGUGCUUGCAAUACGAAGCUUUGCCCUCCGAGGUGGCAAAGCAGCCCCUGGAGACGCUGCUCAGCUACGUGCGGGGUUGGGAUACAGACGAGAGACGUGUCCUGCCAGCAGCCGGGAGGAUCUGCCGUUGCAGCUGAAGAGUGCAAAGACAAAAAGCCUCACUCUUUACAAGCUUGUAACCAGAUUGAUUGUCCCCCUGUUUGGCACGUUGAGGAAUGGCAAGAGUGCUCACGUACUUGUGGAGGAGGGAUUCAGACCCGCAAAGUGUACUGUAAGCAGCUGCUGACGGAUGGAAGCUUCCUGAAACACUCUGAUGACACCUGCCAGGAACCUAAAUUGCCAACUAGUAAACCAUGUGCAAAAGUUGAUUGUCCUCCUCAGCUGGUCUUUGGAGAAUGGUCCAAGUGCUCAGUGAGCUGUGGUGUUGGAAUCCAGAGAAGGAAACUUAACUGCCAAAACCUAACAGCAAAGGGCCAGUAUGUCACACUAAAUGGAUCAAUGUGUAGUGGUCUGUCUCCUUCACUGCUUGUAAGGUCUUGUCAGAUGAAUGCCUGCAACAAGAUUAAACCAAAGCUUCCAGAGAAGUAUUCUGCUCAAGGACCUCAAAUUGUCAGUAUUCACCGAGUCUACAUUCAAACAAGACAAGAGAAGCGCAUUAAUUUUACCAUAGGAAGUCGAGCCUACUUACUUCCAAAAACAUCCGUUGUAAUUAAGUGCCCUGUACGGAGGUUCCAGAAAUCACUUAUCCGGUGGGAGAAAGAUGGACAACACUUACAAAACUCUAAAAGACUUGGCAUCACCAAGUCAGGCUCGCUGAAAAUACAUAGUCUUGAAGCUACUGAUAUUGGGGUGUACCGGUGUAUUGCAGGCCCUGUGCAUGAGACAUUUGUACUCAAACUCAUUGGUACCGACAACAGAUUGAUAGAACCACCAAAUCUGAGAAAACAUUCCAGUGAGGCCAGUAACACCGAUCACAAUGAGGCCAACAGCUUUGGGGCUAAAUGGCAUAAAAUGAGCAAAAUGUGGCAAAUGUGGAGUAAGAAGAAUGAGCUCUAUCUGGGUGAUAGGCAAGUAAAUGAUCAGCCAUUUCUGCGAAAUCUUGGAACCUUUGGGAGUAAUUCAGCAGAAGACUUCAGCUCUCGUGAAUUCAAGAACAAACGACUGGAGGCAGCGGUUCUCCAAGGCGCCUACAGCAUGGACACUGUACAGUUUGAAGAACUGAUAACGAACAUGAGUCAGCUCAUUGAAACUGGAGAAGUUGAUGAUGACUUGGCCUCCCAGGUCAUUUACCAACUAGUUGCUGAAUUAUCUAGGCCUCCACAAUCAACUACUGAAAAAUGGAAGGUGGCCCAGGAUGAGAAACAUGCCUCAAAACUUAAAGGCAAAUCACCAAAUGAAUUUGAGCGUUUCAGCACAAAAACUGUUGAUAAGUUAAUGUUUGACCAGAAGGUUCCAGUUAUUAUGAGGCAAAAGGAACUUCCUCGAGUUUCUUUCAACAAAACAGUAACUGUACGAAUAGGAAAUACAGUUUAUCUGACCAAGAAUACUCACACUGUCAAUCUACUGUGUGAAACAGCUGGUAUCAGUGAAGUGAAGUAUACUUGGACAAAAGAUGGCGAGACAUUAAAAGCCUCUGAGAAGGUGAUCCUGGACACUGUUGGAAAAGUGCAGAUUCAGAAUCCUACUCAAAAAGAACUUGGUACAUAUGGAUGCCUGGUUGUUAAUGACUUUGGGUUUGAUAUGGAAACAUCACUGUUAUUGCGUGCAG